UAAUUUUUGCUGCGUAAAAUUGGUAUAUUUCUUAUCACGUCCGUUGAAUUAAUCAGCUGGCCGACUCACUUAGUUUUUCAAUAGCACUGUAACUUUGGAACAGGGAGGCAAAUAUCAAUAUAUAUUCCGAAAACAAUUGAAUACUGAACGUAGCGAAUAUUUAUAUAGUUUAACUGACAAGAAGAACAGUCUUCAUUUGGCAAUCUUUUGUCAGUUUGUAAGAGGUCUUUUAUAGCGAGGAAGACAGCCGUUGUACCAGAGGUCAAGCUUGACACUGCGAGCCUUCGAGAGACAAGCAACAUCAUGCAUGCGAAUGUAGCAAGUAACCACUCUUCGUUUUUGAACAUUUUUCGACCAGCCAACGACUCUGGGCUGAAUUCCACAACUCAAUUUUUCUCAAUUCCAAGUGAUUUUGAAAUAAUUACCCAAGUAGUCAUCCUGAUUGUUGUCCUCGUCGUGUCGGUCGGCGGUAAUGGCUUGGUGUGCUACCUUGUCUUCACUGUCAAACAGCUCCAAGUACCCACAAACUAUUUCAUCCUUUCUCUUGCACUGGCCGACUUUUUGUUCGCAUUGGUGUGUCUACCUUUCCGCAUUGUAAACGUGCUAGAUUACUAUCUGUGGACACUCGGUUUGGGGGCUUGUAGAUUCUGGGUCUGGCUAGAUUUGUUAUUCUGCUCUGCUUCCAUAGCAAACUUAGCAGCCAUUAGUGUAGACCGCUAUUUAAAGAUCGCUUCGCCACUAACUUACGACAUCCGAAUGACAUCAACCCGUGUCGCUGUUAUUUUAGUAAUACUAUGGGGAUAUUCCAUAUCUCUGGCGUCGCUAUCAUUUGUGUCCGGCGACGCUUUGGGAAUUAUAGUACGAGAACAAAUAUGCUAUAUCGACAACAAGAUCUACCUGACAGCAAUUUCCUUUAUCGGGUUUUUUGCCCCCUUCACCAUCAUGAUUCUUAUGUACUGCUUUGUAUUUAAAGUUGCGGUUAACCAAGCAACUGAGGUGUUCCGUCUACAAGAGUCGCUUUGCAACGGAAGUGAGCGGAACUCAAGAAGAAAAUCCAGUCGCUUUUCUGCCGGGACGAUCUUCUUCGAGGUUAAGGCGACAAAAACAUUGAUUAUACUUCUGAGCGUAUUUUGCAUUUGCUGGUCACCGUUUUUUGUGCUCACUUUGCUCAGUCUGUACAGUCCUGGUGCAUUUGAUGGCCUUCCCAGAGAGUUGAUGAAUUUUCUGAAGAUCACUUUCGUCCAUCUCUUGCCAAACUGCAACGCGGCAUUCAAUCCGAUCAUAUACACCACGUACAACCACCACUUUCGUAAAGCUAUUCAAAGGUUGUUAAAGCGAUACAAGGCAGAUCGGAGAGGGAGUUUCAACUCCUUUUCCGAGCCUGCUUCAGAAUUCAAAAGAAAGAUUGGCUCGGUCGUUUGGACAAAAGCCCCACACACAGCAUCCGUGUGGUUCUCAACUGGUGAAGAAAGCACCCUUCAGAAUUUGACAGAGUCUUAAUUAGAGGCCCAAAAUCUAGUGCAUUAUAACAUACGAGGACGGGUUAGAAAAUGAUUU